AGAGGCACCGGCCGCGGGAGCGAGCCGGCCGCCAACUCCGCCGCCGCGCUCGCCCCGCGCCGCUCCCCGCGCCCCGCUCGGCGUCCCCCGCCCCGCGCCUCGCCGAGCCUCGCCCGCCCGCCCGCGGCGGCGGCGGCUGCGCUGGGGGCGGCUCCCGCGGCGGCUCUGCAGCCGCCCGAGCGCUCGCGCACCCCGCACCCCGCCAGGGGCGUCCACACUCUCCCAGCGCCGGCCGGGGAGGUGCGCGGGGAGGGCGCGCCGGGGAGCCGGGGCCUCCCUCCGGUGCGGGGCGCGCGGCCCGCGGAGCGCCGGGGAGGGCGGCGCGGGGCUGCGCGGCGCGGGGACGGGCUCCGGGCGCCGCCGCGUCCAGAGCUCCCCCGCCGGCCCGCCGGCGGCCUGCGGGGGCGGCGCAGUUGCGAAACUGAGUGCCUGUGUAGAUCCUGCUAGAAUACCCGUGCGGUGCUCUGUCCGUCCAGCCUACCUCAUGCUCAGCUCUGGCGUGGAGACUCCAGCGUGGUAAGCUGACUACACAGACUCUGCCUUCUCCGUCCGUGUUCCUGUAGCCUGAGACAUGACCUGACACCCUGAUGACCACUCUCAGGGCCCUUGUGUGACUGGCCGGUGCACCAUGGAACUUAAAGUAUGGGUGGAUGGAGUUCAGAGGAUUGUUUGUGGGGUCACUGAAGUCACAACUUGCCAGGAGGUCGUAAUAGCCUUAGCUCAAGCGAUAGGUCGAACUGGAAGGUACACCCUUAUAGAAAAAUGGAGAGAUACUGAAAGACACUUAGCACCUCAUGAAAAUCCCAUCAUAUCCUUAAACAAGUGGGGGCAGUAUGCCAGCGACGUACAGCUCAUCCUGCGCCGGACAGGCCCGUCCCUGGGCGAGCGGCCCACCUCAGACAGUGUGGCUCGGAUUCCCGAAAGAACUUUGUACAGGCAGAGUCUGCCCCCCUUAGCUAAACUGAGGCCUCAGAUUGACAAAUCAAUCAAAAGGAGAGAACCCAAAAGGAAAUCGCUGACAUUUACAGGAGGUGCCAAAGGAUUAAUGGACAUUUUCGGAAAAGGUAAAGAAACCGAGUUUAAGCAAAAGGUGCUGAAUAAUUGCAAAACGACAGCAGAUGAAUUGAAGAAGCUGAUCCGUUUGCAGACAGAGAAGCUUCAAUCGAUUGAGAAACAGCUGGAAUCUAAUGAAAUAGAAAUACGAUUUUGGGAGCAAAAAUAUAAUUCCAACCUUGAAGAGGAAAUUGUUCGCCUGGAGCAAAAGAUCAAAAGAAAUGAUGUAGAAAUUGAGGAGGAGGAAUUUUGGGAAAAUGAAUUACAGAUUGAACAAGAAAAUGAAAAGCAGCUGAAGGAUCAACUUCAAGAAAUAAGACAGAAAAUAACAGAAUGUGAAAGCAAAUUAAAGGACUAUUUGGCACAGAUCCAGACCAUGGAAAGCGGUCUUGAAGCAGAAAAAUUGCAGCGGGAGGUUCAGGAGGCACAAGUCAAUGAGGAAGAGGUUAAAGGAAAGAUUGGUAAGGUCAAAGGGGAAAUUGACAUCCAAGGUCAGCAGAGUCUGAGGUUGGAAAAUGGCAUUAAAGCUGUGGAGAGAUCUCUUGGACAAGCCACCAAACGAUUACAGGACAAAGAACAAGAACUGGAGCAGUUGACUAAAGAGCUGCGGCAAGUCAAUCUCCAGCAAUUCAUCCAGCAAACAGGGACAAAAGUUACCGUUUUGCCAGCAGAGCCCAUUGAAAUAGAGGCCUCACAUGCGGACAUAGAAAGGGAGGUGCCAUUCCAGUCUGGGUCCCUGAAGCGACCUGGUUCAUCUCGGCAGCUCCCCAGUAAUCUUCGCAUUCUGCAGAAUCCUAUCUCCUCUGGUUUUAACCCUGAAGGCAUAUAUGUAUAACAUUGUCUGUCUUUAGGGGGGGAGACCCAAUAAAGGUACCAAGGACAGUAGAAUUCUCUCUUUGAUUUGUGCCAAUGAUGAACAGAGGGUGUAUUUCACAAGCCACCGUGUCUUUUUUCUCUCCUAAAUCGCAUACCACUUGGAGCCAUACCCUGUGCACUGAUGCUAAAGAACAAAGAAACUGUGUUUUCACACAUCAACAGUGUUGAUAUUUUUGUCCAGCAGCUGUAAUGCAAAGCCUUCAUCUUUAUUUGUAGCAUUUUGAGACUAUAAGCAAAGUGUCAUAUUGUGUGUAUACAUAAGUAAACCUUGACUUAAGAGUGAAGAAACAUUUGUGACUGGCCUUAGUUUAAUUUAUUUCAUGUAAUCAAUUAAUGUGUGAAUGUUGAUGUUUUAAUAUUUUUUAUUAAUACUUAUCCUGUGACUUAAUUACAUUACAUAUUGUGUGAUUAUGACUUUGUGUGCAUGUUGCCAGACUCCAUCCAUGCAUUGCUGAUUUACAACUACACAAGCGUCCUAGGGUGUUCAGCCAUCCAAACCAACUCCAGGAGAGCCCACUUGCAUUUAUUUUCUGAAACUGACCAUUAGCCAUUGCUUAAUUAGGAGAAAUAAUUUGGUUUUUUUUUUAAAUCUAGAAUUUAGUCUUUCCUUUAUAAUAUUCCCAAAUAUAUGAGUGAGCACAUAACAUAACAGAUAUUUUUCAUGAGGUCAAUUGUAUGUGUAAAAGGUUUGCAGUGUUUCAGAUACUGUUGAACAAAAAUGUAAUUGUUGAUAUCUAUCCAAACAGGCAUGGGGUUUCCUGAUAUAUGUUUCAUUUCUCCCCUGCCUUAUCAUUUCCUCUCACGGGUCCUUAGAAUUGACAUAAUAUGUAAAUUAUAGAGGACCAGAUUGCUCUACUUCCGGAAUGUUGCUUUAAGCGCUGUAUUUUAAAAUACCCACUGCCUGUGUAUGGUCUAUUGGUAUACAUACCCGUGCGUAAGUUAUUGCUUGCACAUAAUUUACCAUUGGGAUUUCUCUAGUCACUUAGAGGGAAAGUAGAUUGGAGUUAGGUACUUUUUACCAAGGAAAUAAAAUAAAAUUCAGUAGGUGUUUUUACUUUUAAGCUUGACUUUUAUAAGACAUUAAUCUACAUUUGUACAUGUUUUACUUAUAAAACCAAAAAUGAGUCAAUGCCUCUCCCAUGAGUAGUGACUUAACUAAGAUUUAUAGGAAUAUUUAGACAGAUGUUGUCAGACACCACUUAGCCAUUUUUACAUUCCCUCUGGUCAAAUUUGGUACAGAAUAAUGAAGACUUUAAUCUGAAAUUUAAAGUAGUUUUUAAUUCUGAAGAAAAUAAAUUCUCUGUGUUAUUUACAUGCAACAAAAUAAAAGUGGGUUGAUAUAGUAAUGCCAUGGUAACAAUAAAAAGAUAUGUCUUAUGCAUGAAGGCAACUUUGGAUGUUUUAACACAUUUGAUUUAUUUUUGGUUCAACGAAUGCUGAGAAUGCUGCUUUACUUAGGUUUCCUAUAAAAAAUUUUAAGAAUGGCUAUGAAAAUAUAUAGAAGCUUCUAGAGAACUGAAAGUAAUAAUGUAGAGUUGCCUUUUCUAGUACAGCUAAGUGGCAGACCUCACCUGAAGAUAUUAUUUUUGGGGGUUCUUGGAGUUAUCGAGUUGAUCUUGCCAUUAUAUUACUUUGCAAACAACUGAAGAAGUAAAUGAUUUUUACUUAAAUAACCACAUUCUGUACACAUUUGCUCUCAGUUUAAAAUAGUUAUUUCAUUUCAACAUAUACUUAAAAUUAGGGUAAUUAAAAAUCAAAAUAAUUUGUAGCUUUUGUGAAAACAUUGAUUUAUGUAUGCCCAAUAUAUGCCUUAUUUUUAAAGAGUCCUGUCCUACACUAAAAGUCAUUUUGUCAUUGUUCUGAGAAAUUGAGACUUUAUUCACAAAGAAAAAGAUUUUUUAUAUCAACUGCAUUCUGUUUAAAUCAAAAUGUUAAACUAUAGGUAAUAUUAAACUUUGCAAUUGGAAAUUACACAGAUGCUUUGGCAUACCAUGAAAAACACAAAGCCAGUAUCCAAAUUAAUUGUUGUAAAUUAUUAUCAGAAUUAAUCUAAUAACUUUAAAGAGAGGCAGCAUCAUUGCAACUUACAGCAGUCCUGGGUUCCCCAGCACGGGUCCACAGUUAACCUCUCUGACUUCAUCAUAAUUUCCAAGCUGCCAAACAAUCUUCAUGGACCUAAUUACAGAUAGAAAAAAAAAAAUACUAUUUCCUAGAUGGGAAAAGUAUAUAAAUGUGAGUAUGAUGAAUACAUUGAGCAGCUGUAGUUUUUAAUAGAUUAUAUUACUUCUGGAAGCACAAAGCUAAGAAAUAUUUUGUAAGACUUAGAGGGAAAUAACUCAUUGCCGUAGGAACAUCUUAAAAUAUUUUAGUCUAUUUGUGAUUAUUUUUAUCUAUUGUGAAUACAAAUACACUAAGUGCUACAUCUUUGGAUACAUUUCUGAGGGGGGAGCAGGCAAUAGUAUAUAAAAAUACCAAAUAUAAAAUUUUGCAUCCGGGGGAAUAUUCAGGUUCUAAAUACUAAAUUAGAUGACAAGUUUUUGUGUUUUUUUAAAAAUCAUACUGCAAAUUGUUUUAUUGUAAUUUUCUAUAAGUAUUAAAUACACUUAAAGAUUUUUUUCUUACCAAGGAAUAAUUUUAAUACUGUUGUUAUAUUUGACCUCUUGAGUAUCUGUCAUCCUCCGAGAAUGAUCUCUAGUGGUUGACCUCAGUUCUUUUGUUAUCCUUAUGAGAUAUUUUGGGUUGUUAGCAUUUGGUUUUUUGUCUUGAUGCAUAAGGCAUUUUUAAUAUGUGAGACUUCAGUUGGUAUUAACAGGAAUUACCUGUUGUUUAAUUCCCCUAGUAAUCAGUGAGCCAAUCAUGAAUUCAUGUAGUUCAAAUUAGACAGAAACAAGAGCUAAAACAAGACUGAUAGAGUGAAAAAUAUACAUAUAUAUAUGAGAUACAGUAAAAAAAUAGAAUUUAUAGUGUGAAAUGUGAACUAUAGCAGUUUAUGAGAACAUAAAAGCACUUGUUUCCAUAGCAUAAAUAAAAUUUACACCUGCAUUAAAAGAUAAUUUUCUUUGUGAAUAAGAGCAAAACAGUCUUUAAAAAAGAAAACUUCUGUGAACAUCUUUUCAAGUUAAAACUGUAAUGGAUUAAGGAAAUAACAUGGAAAAGGCAAAAUCUCUUGAUUUCAGGCAUGCAAAGAGCUUAAGUGGAUGGGCAGUUCCCAUCGUGCAUUGCCUUUGAAAAAUUGGGCCUUAAUUUGUAUGUAAAUAACAACGCUGUGUUCACAUCCCUCUUGUACCUAAAGUUGUCUUUAGUGACCUAUAUUGUAUUAAAAAUUAGCUCAUAAGUAUCACUUUUAUAUUAUGUCCAUUUUCUAAAGUUGCAUGUUUAUACUCUUUGCUACAGUAUUUUUAAGUUUUGGGUGAAGGCCAUCAGCUGUAUCAAGAAGACAAAACAAUCACUAUUUAUUCAGUAUUGCUGCUUUACAUUUCCAGAAUAAGCUUUCUAUGCCAGGACAGUGACUGCUUGAAAGCUGCAGGAGCUCUUUCCAAUGCAUUUUAUAUAUUUUUAGAAACCAAAUAAAUGCAGAAAACUAUUUAGUAUACUAAUUAUAUUAAACCAGCAGAAAUAUAAAGGCAAUAAAGUAUAUACAUAUAUAUGGGGGGAGGGGAAAGAUUAAAAAAUAGGUUUACAGCCAGACAUGGUGAUAACCCUAAAUCUAUUUCUCGGUAUGUUUUUCUUUGUUGACCCUAGGAGGAUUUGAGUUGCUGCAGCUUUAAACAGAAAAUUGCCACAUUCACUAAUUGUGGACAAAUAAUAUGCUUUUAGUACUGCUUUGCUUAUGUACAAAUAAAAAAUAUGUAAUAUGUAUUAUAUGUAAUUACUCUUUUCUUUGCCUUUCAUUUCAAAAUGUAUUAUAUUUUCUGAUUAUUAUCAUGAGCUGUAAAACAAAGGAUCAAUAUCAGAUAUUCUCCCAAAUAAUAAAUUUUCAGGAUUCAUUUGGG